AUGACUAUAAGGAAAGAUUUGUCUUUAAAGAAUGAGCAUUUUCACAGUAAACUGGAGGAGCCAACAACGCGCCGAGACGAUGACGACUUCUCUCUGGUAACUGUAACAAGCAUUUCCCUUCAAGAGAGCACAGGUAGCACCUUCACUGGAUCAGUCUAUACGAAUUGGGAAGAGAAAUUCGCUUGUCGCUCACUACAGGGUCGAGGCCGCGUUUUCAGUUAUCGAAAGAGAAGAACUCACUUCGGCGAUGGAAUUUUCAGCGCACCAGCUGGCGUUUGUCCGCGUCACGUUACUUCAUCAAUCAUUCGUCGUAAUACAGGCGAUUCUCGGCUCGUCUUCGUCUGGCCGCAGAAAGCCAGCAGGAGUCGACUUUCAAACGUCCUUGUACCUCUUCUACGUGGCAUCCUAGUUGGACUAUUGUUCGUGGACGCUCUUCAUCUAUGGCCUGGAGAAUUCUUACCCACGUGUCUACCAUCGACCAUGCCAAUUACUUUACCACCGGUCAAAUGUAAUGUUAUUGAGCCGCGUUGGUACGAUAAUAGUCGCACAAAACUGUUUCUAUCAUAUAUAGAUAAAUUUAAAGAAGGGAUAUUUAUUUACUGGCUUGGAACCAAACCUUUUAUUAACGUGUAUAAACCAGAAUAUUUGGAGCUUAUUUUUCCUAGCACCGUAAAUAUCACAAAAGGAGACUCUUAUAAUCUGCUGAAACCUUGGUUGGGCAAUGGACUUUUAACAUCUACAGGUAAACAAUGGUUCCAUGAUAGAAAACUCAUCGGGCCAACGUUCCAUUUCAGUAUAUUAGAACAAUUUGCUGUGAUUUUGUCUGAAAAAGCAGAGAUCCUCACAAAGUGCCUCGAAAGAAAAAUAGAAGAUAAUCCAGAGAAAGCCAUUAAUAUUCUUUCUUUUAUAACCAAUGCUACUCUUGAUAUAAUCUGCGAAACGGCAAUGGGUGUAGAUAUACAUGCUCAAGAAGUUGUAACCAAAUAUAUAUCAACAGUACAUCAAGCCUCUGUGUUAAUAAUGAAUCGAAUAAUUCAACCGUGGUAUUGGAUCGAUUGGAUAUACUUUUUAUCACCUGCAGGGAAACAGUUUAAAUCAAGGCUUAAUAUAUUACAUGAAUUUACAAAAAAGGUGAUAAGUAAGAGAAAAUUUGAGCGACAGUCGCAAAACACAAAACUUGAAAAUGAAGAUAGUGAAUUUAAUAUUGGUAAGCGAAAAAGAGAAGCAUUUUUAGACUUAUUAUUAGAUCAAAACGAGAAAGAUAACACUCCUUGGACUGAUGAUGAAUUGAGAGCGCAAGUCGAUACAUUUAUGUUUGAGGGACACGAUACAACUGCGGUUGCCAUAACCUGGGCAUUAUUUCUGUUGGGCAAUAAUCUCGAGCAUCAGGAAAAUGUUCACAAAGAACUCGAGGAAAUUUUCAGAGAUUCAGAGGUACCAGCCAAUACAAAAGAACUGUCGCAAUUAAAGUAUCUCGAAAGAGUUAUAAAAGAGACACUUCGAAUAUUCCCAAGCGUACCUUUAAUUAUGAGGGAAUUAGUAGAGGAUGUAAAAAUAGAUAAUUAUACACUUCCGAAAGGUAUCUCAGUCGUGUUAGCGAUUGUAUUAGCACAUCGAAACCCAGCAAUUUGGCCGGACCCAUUGAAAUUCGAUCCGGAUCGUUUCCUUCCAGAGAACUCGAAGAAUAGAAAUCCGUAUGCUUAUGUUCCGUUCAGCGCUGGACCGAGAAACUGUGUAGGCCAAAGAUUCGCUCUACUCGAAGAGAAAAUCGUGUUGACUGCAAUUCUCAGGAAGUGGAGAGUGAAAAGUGUGAAAACAUUAGACACGAUCGAGUACGGCGGUUCUCUCAUUUUGCGUCCAACUGAAAAAGUAUUUAUGCAUUUUACGCCGAAGAAAUAAACAGUUUCAGCAAAUAAGAUAGAUUAGGGUACUGUAAAUUUCAGAGUACCAUGGAUCAUUGAUCUUAGAGA